AUGAUCAUCCUGUACAUUCUAGCAACAGUUCAUGGGCUAAUCCACACAUCAAUUCCAUUCAACCCCAAUCCAUUCCCAAACCCGUUUUCUGAUGAAAUAGAAGAAAUAAUUAAAUAUGAAAUUAGAAAUCCUCUUCUGACAAUAGAUGAGGAGUACCUUUACAUCCCAAGAAUCACUAAACCCAGAGUAAGAAAAGAGUUCAGGGAUUUAAGCCCAGAGGAGUGGGCAGAGUAUAAGCAAACAGUUGAACUACUAAGACAGCACGGGUAUUUAGAGCCACUCGCACGUGUUCAUUACACAGUAAAAGAAUAUGCGCACAACUCUCUUGAAUUCCUUCCCUGGCACAGACUUUUUCUUCUUUACUUUGAAUAUCUUUUACAAUCACUGAGUAACAACCCGAACAUGACCGUGCCGUACUGGGAUUGGACAAUUGAUGCAGAAGACCCAAGUAACUCGCCAAUGCUUAAAGAAUUCUACUGGGGCAUUUCCAGAUGUUUUUUAGUAUAUGAACCAACAGCCCACUGCCUGCUGCGUACGCAGAACAAGAAGAUAGAUCCAUUUUAUAACUGGACUGAGCUGCAGUCUGUCAUUAACAAGAAGAACAGCUUUUAUGAAUUCACAAUUGAGCUAGAACUUAUUCCACACGCACUGGUUCACUUAAACAUAGGAGGGAAGUAUGGAGACAUGUCAUACAUGCAAAGCACAAAUGAUCCUCUCUUUUGGCACCACCACUCAUAUGUAGAAUAUAUCUGGGAGAAAAGGAAUUCUUUAUACAGAGGCACGCGCAGUGCCAAGGAUAGACUAUACCCAGAAGAAAGACUAGAUGUGAUCUUAUACCCGUUUAAUCUGACAGCAAGGGAUUCAAUCAAUCUCGGCGCAUACAUUAUCUACCAGCCCAAAAUAAAAAGUGGCUGAUGCUAACCCGAAAAGCCUCAGAAACAGCAGAAGAACAAAUAGUACCCAGUACUCUUUAUAUUACAGCUGAAUUUAUGCAGUGUUUACUAACACAGCACUACACCCAGAAAUAGAAAUAUUCAAAUAGGAAUAUAUCUAAAAGUGGAC